AUGGACGAAUUCACUUUUACAUCAUUCGAUCAUUUGGAAAGUAAGCUGGAAAAGUGCGAUGAUUGUUGUAAUGGUGACUAUAUGUCAUUCCAUUGUCCGCUGUGUCCGGUGUCGAAAUACAAACCAAGGAAAAAGGCAAAGCUACAGCAACAUCUUGCAGUUCACUGGAAUACAAGAAUCCAAGGAAACAACGAUUCCUAUUCUGUUGUAUGUCAUCUUCAACAUGGGGAUAUAUCUACAAGACAUUUCCACUGUACAUGCUGUGGAAAAAUCAUUAAGAAGAAAGAAAACAUGGUUACACAUCUGAGAAAAUGCCAAAUUAACAACAAGGAACACACAGAGGAUAAUUCUGCGAAAGGAACAACAAACUUAGUUACCGAUAAUAGCAUACCACAUUUAGACAAGUCAUUUAAUGAUGAACAUGACUACAGUUACAAAAGUCGCGUUUCAAAAUCGGUACCAAUGUCACCUAAAAAGUCCAAAAGUAAAAAGGCUUGUCAAAUAUGUGGAAAAUUGGUGAGUAAGCGUUGGAUGAGAAGCCACAUGAAAAUCCACAAGAAAGAGAACGAUGGCCAAAAUGAGAUAAAUCAGCACCGCCAUCACUACACUGCUCUCGUAGACAGCAACUCUGGGAUAUACUGUUCAGCGACCAAUCUAAGCGGACCUCUGUAUCCUGUACACGCAAUUAAGAUGACCAGCGGAGCAAAUCAGGACAGUUUUUGUGAAAACCAACAGUGUAUCGAUAGCAAAGACACUGCAAAAAGAGGUGGCAAUAUUGCAUAUGAGUGUGCACAUAUUAGAUCUGUGCCAUACGCUGUAAGAGGAAAAGACAUUAUUUUGCAAGACACAACAUUAAUGUCUCUGAAAUCCCAAAAUUUUAUUACUGAAGCGAGAUCAGCGGAACUUCUGCAACUGAAAGAAACUUUGGCAAGAUCAGGAUCCCCCUUAGCUGUUGAGAUACCGCCAAUGGAAAACGCUUCGUCGCGUUAUCGAUAUUUUUCCGUCAGUACAGGAUCACCAAAAUACUGGUCAAGAACGUAUCGAACCAUAGUGUCUUAUGAUUCAACCUUAAAUAAGUAUACGUGUAAAUGUUCAAACGCCGCUAGAUAUUGUAUGCACAAAGCCAUUGUGAAAUGUUGCAUAUAUCAGGAGACCCCGAAUUUUUUCACAAACGAGGAAGGCGUAAAUUUAGAAGAUAACAACGUUACAAGCUUUGACUAUGAAAACGACACAGAAAGCCAAGGAGUACUGAAAAAAGACAAAAUAAAAUUCGAUCUUAUGUUAAACUAUAUUGCUAGCAUGAAGAAAAUACCAGCAAAUCCAGAAGUAGAAAAUGCCUUGUACGAAAGGACGUCAUUUCUACAGGAAAAUAAAAUAACAGCAAGAGAGACUUCUUGUCACAAGUGUGAUGGCGACCUGGCAUUAGAAAAAAUAUCUAGCAGAUCUAAGAUAGUGACCAUGAGAAAAAUAUUCAAAGAUGUUGAAGUCUAUGUUAAAGUGUGUCCAAGAUGCAGGACUGUGUACAGAUUUCAAGAGUGGAUAGAAGGAAUUCAUAACUACAAUAAUAGUACAUAUGGUAUGGUGAUGGAUGUAGAUUAUAGACUUGUAUUAGUCUUUAUAUGCCACGGGUAUGAUGGUGGAUGUAGAUUAUAG